GGACUACUGAAAAAGACUGGAACUACUUGGGCAAACAAAUGCAUGAUGGGAUUUUUUUCUUCCGCCAUUUUGUUCGGCAACGUCAAGGCAACGUCUUCAGAAAGACAGUCCUUACAGCGAGGAAUUGGUGAAAUCUAAGCAACAUUUAACACUCAAAAGACGCCGAAAACUUUACUCAAUCGAUCUGCGGUCGUUUCUGCUCAAGAACAGCUUCCAAUAUGUCGUACAUGCUUCAACAUCUCAGGAAUGGUUGGCAAGUUGAUCAGGCCAUCAUGGGGGAAGAAGACAGAGUUGUCGUAAUCCGCUUCGGUCACGACUGGGAUCCAUCGUGCAUGAAAAUGGACGAAGUAUUGUACGCCAUUGCAGACAAAGUCAAGAACUUUGCUGUGAUUUACUUAGUGGACAUUACAGAAGUUCCAGACUUUAAUAAAAUGUAUGAAUUGUACGACCCUUGUACGACCAUGUUCUUCUACCGAAACAAACACAUCAUGAUCGACUUGGGCACUGGAAACAACAAUAAGAUAAACUGGGCCCUGACAGACAAGCAGGAAAUGGUGGAUAUCGUUGAGACUGUGUACCGAGGAGCGCGGAAAGGCCGUGGCUUGGUAGUUUCACCUAAAGAUUAUUCCACAAAAUAUCGCUACUAAAUAAAGGUUGAGCGGAGCUUGAUAUAAAUAUGCAGCUCAUGGAUGGCAAGAAACACUUUAGUAGUUCUUCUAUGGAAUUCAUUGUUACUCUGACUUUUGUGUAAGGUUAAUAUUAAGAUAGGAUAACUGUAUUUAUGCUUGUUGUCAACAGGUUUGCAUGUAAGGGAGACAUAUAGGUCAUAGUGGCAUUUGCUGGUUUGCAUUUGACAUCUAUUUCAGAAUCACAAUUUACCCAUCCUUCUGUGUUUUUAUUUUCAUUAGAUAUUAGACCUUCUAAGAACAAGAUGCUUUGGUGCAAAGAUUUAACUUGACUAAUGACAGGGUGACACAGGAAACAUAGGUCAAAAUUUGACCUAUGACUUUAGAACUUGUCUUUAACAUUUUGCUUACUGAAUGGUCCUUUAGGGUUUUUCAUUUUGUAUUAGAAUACAUUUCAAUUUCUGAGCUUUUGCAUUGCUUGAUAUUAAAAUGGUAACCUGUGAUCGGGCGCCUUUUUUUAAAGAAGGAAGAUGUGGCAUUAGGUUAUCAAUAUGGUGACACAGGAAACAUAGGUCAAAAUUUGACCCAUGACUUUAGAACUCAUCUUUAACAUUUUGCUUACUGAAUGGUCCUUUAGUAUGAUAACUCAUCACAGAUAUCUUGUUCUCUUAGACUGCCACAUUUGUGCCCCACUGAGGGACACCAACACGGUGUCUGUAUACAAACCUCUAUAAAUCUGGGUGAAUUCUUUUUGAAGUAACACAUGCAUCAAAAAAAAUGCAGACCUUAAUUUUUGGGAAGGCUGGUACAUAUUGAUCGUUAUCAUAUCCUAGAUUCUUGACUUAAUUUAAUCAAUGGGUACUUGUUUUAUUUUGAUGGCAUGACAAUGCAAACCAGUAACAUUAUUGAUUCAAAUGAGAGGUGGUGAAUAGACUGAAUUUUUUUUGUGAACUUGAGGUCUCCUUCACCUUGCAAAAGAAUUUGAGAGAGCAAAAUAAUUUUAGGUUGCAAGAUCAGUGAAAACAUUGCUUAAAACUUUGCAAGAAGUGUAUUUUUUUAUCGAAAUACGAAUAUUCGUUUGAAGGACCAUUCGCCAUCCCUCAAAUGGCUAGUUUGCAUGCCCUCCUACCAAAAAGAAUGUGACUGUGUACUCUACUGAAAACACUGUGUACUGACAUUUUGGUGCACUUUUCAACACAUUUCAGAAUGCUUUAUAGAACAAGGCAUAAUACAGCACUAACAGCAAGCACCUUUCUUAUUCAAUAGGACAGUAAUAAGUAGCCAUGUGUGUGUAGCUAAGUCUUGUCAGUAGUUUGGGAUUGUGUUCUUCAAUGGUUCACUUCCAACAAGAGUGGCAUCCUCUGGUUUUGUGGUGAUGGAAUGUUUUAAUCUGGGGAAAGUAGAUGACAAAAUAAAUAUUGUAAUGCAAACGCAAAUUUAAAAGAAGAAUUAAUUCUGAAGUUUCUAAUGGCAUUAUAAGAUAACUAUAGUAAAAUAAGUCUAAUUUAACUUGUGAUCUUGCAAGCCAUUAUUGGUGUCACUUGCCAGAUCAUAUGGCGAAUGAAACUUGAUGUUUCUAGUUUA